AUGCCGGGAAUCUUCUCCCGCAUCAACAAGGCAAGAGAUGCCCGCCAGAAAAGGAAGCAUGCCACCAACAACCUCGCCGGCUCCCUACCCCCAAAGCCCAGGUGGGAUGACGCCUAUACUCGCGCUUCCGUCGAACCAGACGAGAUCGAUGAACUAGUCCGAUGCUGUACCCAGGAAAUUAAGUCUCGAGGCCUUGACCAUCCCUUUCUCCUUCUGCCGUUCCGACCGACCUCCAAUCCCAGCGGUGUCCGAACCUUCAUCCGGAACUUUUUUGGCAAGGACGGCCUGGAAGGCCCUCUGCACGGGGAGAGGCUGCUCCAAGAAGUCCGAAUCGCAGAGCCCAUGGUCCUCGCCUCCGUCCUAAAAUGGUGCUGGAGCCGUCUUCAAGGUGGCGUUGUCUCCUGGGACGCAUACGAGCUAUUCAAGAUUGGCGAACUCGGCAAGUUUUCCCUUCAAGACUCCAAGCUCGCCAGGGAUUCUUUCAAAACAUUCAUCCCCAUUAGUGUUGAGAGUGACUCCAGACAGCAAAUCAUCUUUAGCUUCUUCGAGCUAGUUGCUGCCAUUGCCGCCCACGGCAAGACAAACGGGCUCAGCGGUGUCAAGCUCUCCCGUAUGGCCGCAUGGUGGGCGUUUGAACAAAAGGACACAGGCGAUGGAUUUGACGGAGGCUACAAGGCCUGGCGAAAGGCCGCCGAUGCCACUACUCACCUCUUCUUCGCAUAUCUACGAUCUCUCUCCCCAGAGCAGCAGUUGACCGGCAUCACGAUGCUGCCCCGAUCUCUUCAGAAGCUUCUCAACGAAACAGAGUACCCUCCUAAGGCUUCCAAGAUGCUCGUUUCACGCACCAACAAACUCGUCAUGAUUGUUGACUCUGUUUCGCCCACUCCGUUUGCGCUCCUUCGGCGUGCCAGCAAGUUCGAGUAUCGCGAUUCCGACGUUGCUCUUCGCAAGCUUUCCGACUUUGAUGACGCGACCGAAGCCCUUAGCGAAGAAUGUCGACGUGUCCUAAAGGCAAUUUCCGCUGCCAACCAGUCCCAAGCCUCCAGCGCAAAGCACUCCACCAGCCUUCGCGACGCUUCGUGGUCGCGAUUCGAGGAUAUCGGAUUUGCGAGUGCUUUGACCGAGGAAGAUGACUACGAGGAGAGCGCUGUCCCAGUCAAGCGGGCGCCGCGGACGUUUGGUCCAAGCAAGAGCUUGCACAACGUCCCAGCCUCUGCCGCCCACGAUAUGCGUCCCACCACACCUUCUUGGGCCGACUUCCUGUCGACUGGCUUUGUGGAUGACUCCGGUAACAACAAUACGCUGGUCCCCCCGGACCAGGUCCUACCCCCCAUCGAUGUCCAGCGACAGCACAGCUCUCAGUCACACCAACCACGUCUUGAGUCUGACCGAGACCUCGAGCCUGGUGAGCUAGCCAGCAUCACUCCCUUUGACCUGGAUGAUGCUUUCUGGUGGGUCUGGAUGAGCAGUCUGGCGCCCGAAGAGACCAGCGAGAGAAAGGCUGCUUUUGGACGCUGCGCUGUUGUUGAAACAACCGUUCACAAUGGCGCAUGGCUAGUUAUGGAAGAACUCAUUGCCGGGGCUGCCCCCGACCCGCAGGAGGGCGCCUACAUUGCGGAAAAGAAGGGAUUCUUUAGCUGGACCAAGCGAAGCCGCACUGUCUCGCAUCGGAAGACUGCCAACAAGCAUUCUCUGAAAAGGGGUGAUCUAGUUCCCGCUGGUGGUAGCACUACCAGCAUCGGCAACGAGACGCAGGCCAAGAUUGCCGCCAAGGCAGCUCAGCUGCGUGCAAUCCAGGAAUUGGGGAACAAGCCUGUCCCUGCUCGACGUGGUCGUACAGAUGAGGAGGUGUUGGGCGACAAGACCAACAGCGUCUUUGACCUUCAACCCCCCAUCGCUGGCGAAGCUUCUUCUGCCAUGAAAUGGGUCAAGAAGUACGACAAGGGAACUGUAAAGGAUGCUUACCUCUCCAACAGCAAUGCUGGCCGAGGCGUCUCGAUUUCCCCUUCUGGGGCGGAAGAGCAUCGCAAUGCCACCGCCAACGGCAGUGUUAACGGUAGUGCCAAGGCCGUUAACGGCAACGGCAAGGCGACUGAGAGAAAACCUGUCGCUGCAGCUCCUGUUGAGGUACCCAUCAGCUCCCCUGCCGCCGUCGAGAGGGUUGCAGCUACAAAGCCUGAGGACGUAGUUGAGAGCCCAAAACCUCAGGAAAGCAAGACCGCUGCUCACGAGGCGGCGGAAAGCAAGGAAGAAAAGACCGAGCCAGUUCCAGCCCCUCCUCCCAAAGACGGGGAGCCUGUGAGUGCCCCAGUUUCUCCCUUACCAGCGUCCGUCUCUGCCACAAAGGUUGUUGAACCUCAACCAAAGUCUCCUGCCAAGGAGAAGGGCGGUCUUCGCAAGCUGUUCCGCAAAAACCGAUUCUCCAAGCUCCCCGAGAACUCGGCUGCCCAGCUGAACAGUAUGCUGCAGCAAGAUGCCGCCGCAGCCGUCGCCAACACCCAGGGCCACGAUGAGCAUCACAGCGAGAAACCUGCCGAAACGGUUGCUGAGACGGAGCCGGUUAACGAACCGACUCUUGAAUUAGAGGAUCCCGCUGUUGAGGCUGCCAAGAUUGCGACUCCUGGCGUAGACACCGAAAACAAAGACGAAUUCUCUCGCUUUGAUCAAGGCCCUCUGACUGAUCAGCCUGCUUUUGUCCCCGACACUGCUGAAGAGGAUGAUGCUACACCUCCACCUAUCGCGCGGAACAGACAGGACGCUCAAGAGCAGAGCACCGAGGGACUCACCCGGACCGCCAGCCCAGGUGUGCAGGAUAGAUGGGCACAGAUCCGCAAGAAUGCUGCCGACCGUGCUACUCAGCGCCAAACGAACGAGCGCGAUCGCAGCAUGCCCUCAAGCAAGGCCGCUGGUGAUGGAGAUGAGGACACCAGUGGUGAGGAGACAAUCGAGUCGCGUGUUGCUCGCAUCAAGGCCCGUGUUGCUGAGCUAACUGGCAACAUGGAGGGCACCAACUCCCCCCCUCCGGUGAAGAACAGUGCUUAA